CGGCUCCAGUUUUCUCAGCCAUGAAGUGGGUGUAACCCUUCUACGCCACCCCUGUUCCUGGCAGGGCUUAAAGAACCAGGAUCCACUCUUACCAGCUGAGGUAUUCCCCUAGAGUGGCAUAUCUGCCUGCUCCCCCGGAAGUGGCACCCUUCAAGCUCUGCUUGAGGUUGGAAGUGGAGGUCAGCGUGUCGUAUUCUCUAAUAAUGCUCAUUCACACCCAAGCUAAGUUCAAACUUUACAAGUUGCUUCUGCUGUUGCCUUGGAGCAGUCCUUGAUGGGAAACUGGGAGGUAGUUAUUGGGCUGUUCCCAUUUUACAGAUGAAGAUACUGAGGCUCGGGAGGGUAAGCCCUUGCCCACGGUCUGUAGGCAAGAAUCUCGCUAGAAGUCACUGUCAUGUGUGAGUCUGUGAGGGCUGACACUCUAACCCACGGCUGGAGGCCCUUCUGUCUCCUGGCUUGCUUUCACAGCUCCUUACCACCUUCCCUGCCCUGGGGAGUGGGGACUGGCCACAGAGCAGACACCCACAGGCCUGGGCCUCUGCAGGAGUGCCUUGGGCCUGGCACUACUCAGCCAUCUGCAAGACAUCCUGAUAUAAGAGGAGCAGUCAAGGCUGCUGGCUUGGUGGCUAGUCAUGGGUGCUUUAUGGCCAGACUGCUUAGGUCAUGCCCCUGCGCACUCACGAUUCCAGCUGACUGGCCUUGGACCUCACCUCUCUGAGCCUUGGUGUCCUGACCUGCCAGUGUUGCUGGGAGGACUCACCAAGUUGGCGCCGGGGAAACAGCAUGGUUAUUAUGGCGACUGUUCUGCACCAGCAGAACUGUGGGCUCCCAAGCUUUCUGAGGUUAGCUAGGGUAGAGAUUCCCAAACCUAGCUGUGCUGUGACAACUUCUGGGGAAUUUGUUAAAAAUCUAGGUGCCCUUGUUCCCCAUCCCUCCAAAGUGUCUGGUCCAGGAGGACUGGGAUGGGCCAGGCAUCUGCUGUUUCAGUUAUUUGGGGAUUUCCUGAGUCUCCCUUGGCCGUUGUUUGCUUGGCUGGUUUGUCGGCAGGAGUUCGGGAGGCUGUGUGUGUAGACAUGCCUGUCAGGGUGUGCACUUGGCCCAGGCCAGGGGUCACAAACCCAGUCCCCGAUGGUGGGCAGGCAGAGGUUGGGCCUGGGUGACCUGGAGGGAAAGCUCUCGCUCCCAGUGAGGGGGCCAGGCAGAAACAAGUGGGACCAGGCUUGCCAUGAGAAGCCAGGUGUUUUGUAAUCUCCCAACUGUCAGUUGUUGGCAUUGCUGCCAGACUGGGUGACCUUGGACCUGUGUGAUUGGCUCUGUUUCGUGCACAUUUCUCACAUCAGGCCUGCCCUGAGCUGGACACAAGGUGGUCCCUGGCCCUGCCCACACCCUCUGCUGGUCGGGCCUCGGUCUCCCAUGCGGGCUCCUUUUGAGAAGUACGGCCCAGGCUUGUGAAGUGCAGCACAGAGGAAAUGGUUCUUGCCGCUGUUGGCAGGAAGGAACUAGGUGUUGAGCUGACAGUUACACUGGCUCCCUGGCUGUGUCAACAGGGAGGUGACAUUUAAAGCUGGGUAUCAAGGAUGCAUAGGAGUUUUGUUAGAUGGGGAAGGGAUGGAACGAGCCUCCCUGUGGCAGGAACAACAAAGAGCUGGUCCUGUUGGACGCACCCUUCAGCUUUGCAGGGCCUGGCAGGUUCUAGAGCUUUUCCUGCCAGGGCCUCGUCCCAACUUUGAGUUGAGCGGAACCCUGAGGUUGAGCCAGGUCCCUCGACAUCCUCCACCUGGACCCUCAUCUCUGACCGGAGGCAGGAGACCCUGCCCCAACCCAUUCCUAUUCAACUUCCUCUCUCGGGUUCUUCCUUCCUUUUUUUCUCAGCAGGCACCACCUCCCACUUUGAGGGCUGGGUUGGGGGCCCCAGAGCAAGGGCCUGGCUGCAUGCCAGACUCCACAGUCUCCCCAGGCUGGCUUCCUUCAUCACCUCCCAUGAAGCCUGGGGCUGGUCCUCUCCAUCAGCAGCAGAGCACAGGGAGAGGCUUUCUUUGGCCCACCUCCCAGCUUUAACACUUUACGGUGGGGCUUUGGGCAAGUUUCUUCUUGCUGAGCCUCAGUUUCCUCCUCCGUAAAAUGGGCCAGCUAUACAUUCCUUGAAAGGUAGAUGAAGUCACUCGUGGAUAGGCACAGUGGGAGCAGGUUAAGGAAAGAAAGAAUAGUGUCUUGCUUUGGACUGGAAGCCCCCGAGGGCAGGAGCCGGUUAGAACCUCUUGCCUGGUACCAGUAAGAGGAGAACUGGGUCCCAGGCCUGUUUGGAAUCCCUGCUGGAACCAGCCAGAGGGAAGGGAGGAUGUGGACCCUCCUCAGGAACCCCCAGCUGCCGCCUGGAGGCCAAGUUGUAGCCCCUGGUGUAAGGCAGAGAAAGGUCUGGCCCUAAGCCCCUUUCCAAGACAGGGUGCCCUGAGACCCCGUCCAGGAGGAGCCUACCAGGAACCCACUGGCUUGGAAGCACGCUGGCCAGCUCGCUGAGCUCCGCAACUGAGGGGGACUGGGUCCCAUUUCACACAGCAGGAGGGGUUGUGAGUCCCGGCCCAGCCCCUCCACCCCCCUGCCCCCCCGAUGCGACCAUGGGCUCUGGUGACUAGGUGGCCACCCUCCGCCCCCGUGGGCCAGCGGCGAUUCUCUGCGGGACCUGGCAGCACCCCGGGCCAGCUCUGGGGAAGCCGCCGUCCCGACCUCCACACCUCCCCGUAGAGGAGCGCCGAGCCUCGGCUCCUGCCGGCGGGAGCCCCCGAAUGCUGCACCCAGCCACCCAGCAGAGCCCGUUCAUGGUUGAUCUCCACGAGCAGGUGCACCAGGGACCUGUCCCUCUGUCCUACACGGUCACCACAGUGACGACCCAAGGCUUCCCCUUGCCUACAGGCCAGCACAUCCCUGGCUGCAGUGCCCAGCAGCUCCCAGCAUGCUCCGUGAUGUUCAGUGGGCAGCAUUACCCCCUCUGCUGCCUCCCGCCCCCGCUUAUCCAGGCGUGCACCAUGCAGCAGCUGCCUGUGCCCUAUCAGGCCUACCCCCACCUCAUCUCCAGUGACCACUACAUCCUGCACCCCCCACCACCGGCCCCACCCCCCCAGCCCACCCACAUGGCGCCCCUGGGGCAGUUUGUGUCUCUGCAGACCCAGCACCCUCGGAUGCCCCUACAGCGGCUCGACAACGACGUGGACCUGCGUGGGGACCAGCCCUCCCUGGGCAGCUUCACCUACUCCACCUCUGCGCCUGGCCCAGCCCUUUCCCCGUCGGUGCCCCUGCACUACCUGCCCCACGAUCCGCUGCACCAGGAGCUGUCCUUUGGUCCAUAUUCUCACAUGAUGCCACGGAGACUGAGCACCCAGAGAUACCGCCUGCAGCAGCCACUGCCCCCGCCGCCCCCACCCCCACCCCCACCACCCUACUACCCCAGCUUCCUGCCCUACUUCCUCUCGAUGCUGCCAAUGUCACCAACAGCAAUGGGGCCCACCAUCAGCCUGGACCUGGACGUGGAUGAUGUGGAGAUGGAGAACUAUGAGGCCCUCCUGAACCUGGCCGAGCGGCUGGGAGAUGCCAAGCCCCGGGGUCUCACCAAAGCAGACAUAGAGCAGCUCCCGUCGUACCGCUUUAACCCGGACAGCCAUCAGUCGGAGCAGACGCUGUGUGUGGUCUGCUUCAGUGACUUCGAGGCGCGGCAGCUGCUCCGAGUCCUCCCCUGCAACCAUGAGUUCCACACGAAGUGUGUUGACAAGUGGUUGAAGGCCAACCGGACGUGUCCCAUCUGCCGGGCCGACGCCUCCGAGGUGCCCAGGGAGGCUGAGUGAGGCCACGCAGCCGCCUGCCCGGGAGAACCCUGCCUGAAGCUCUGGAAACUUGUGGGUGGGGGCCCAGGGAGGAUGGGGAGGGAGUGGCCCAGGCCUGCCCCUUCGCUCCCGCCUGCAUCUCCAGAGCUGGUGCCAGGGUCAGCCCAGUGAGGAGUCCCUGCAAUAAGCCCCUGCAUUUGCCAAGCUCCAAAGACUCCCUCCCUAGUCUGCCUGCCCGCCCGCCCGCCACGGAGCUGCCUGAGUGUCCCUGAUCGGGUCUCCCUCCUGUACACCCUCAGGUCCCUCCUUUUCCUGCUGGCACUGAGUGCCAGGGGUCUGCUCCCUCAGUGGGGCCGGUGGAGAUCCUUGGCCCCAGGAUGGGCAGACAGAGCACCAUCCUGGGUCAGAAGGUCUCGUUCUCUGAAAUGGUGUGCCCUCUGCCCAGGUGGCACUGCCAGGUGCGUAGACAGACGGUGUCACGAGCCAUUUCCUGAGCCCCAGGGCUGAAUCCCCCCUCCUUGACCCCGAACAGUGAACUCAGGCAGCUGGCUCUGUGUUGGCUGCUGUGAGGGCUGAGUCUGGUUCCCCAGGGGACCCUCAUCCCAGGAACAACAUUCCAGCCCCACCCUCAGGCUGGAGGGCGUCCCAGCCUAAUCCCGAGCUGGGGCACACGUAUCCUGAGGGGCUUGGGCCAUACGGGGAGAGGGAGCCCUGUGUUCCCGGUGGUUGUCCCUCCCAGGGAUGCAGCCAGACCCGUGCCCAAUCUCCUCUCCCUCUGUCGUUUUGCAUGAACGUGAGGAGCAGCAGUUUUUGUUCAUUCAUUUGGCCCAAAAUCGCGUGUAGGAUUUGGGGAUGUGGAUAUUUAAGACAAUUUCUUUUUUCUUUUGGUUUAAUAGGGGCGGGUAUAGGGACCAACUGGGACCGAGUGCCCAGGGGGCCGAGCACGGUCAUGCUGGCCGGCCUGCAUGCAUGCGUGUGCCGGGCUGGGCUGGGCGGCCGGCAGUCAUGGGGCAGGGUUGGAGGUCUGUGCUCAGCUGAUAACUGCCAUGCACUGUACUGCACACGUCCCUAGAGCCUACCGGGACCCGACGCUUUUCAGGGCAUUUCUCCCUCCAGCCAGGGCCCGUCUCCCACCUGCCUGGGCGAAUCUCCUCCAAGGAAGUCCCAGGAGGAUGGGGACCAGGAAGGCUGUGGACCCCCAUCUCCAGGGGGCCUUCCCAGCCUGAUCCCUGUCCUCCAAGUUCUGGAGGAGGCCGCUGUAGGGUCUGGCUGAGCUUCCCACCCACUUUCCCUGGUCCCAAUCCUUUCUUGUCCUAUACCCAGCUGGGGUUGCUGCCCUGAACGAACUGCGUGUGGGGCCGGCACAUCCUAGCAGGCAGCCCCUGGCGCCUGCUGCCUCAGGGAUGCUCCAACCACCCUCGUUCUCCCCGCAGCGGCCCUGGCUCCCACCUCCCGCCCCAGCCUGCCGUGGGGCCCGUCAGCCUGGUCCCACCCCCAUGGAGAACCCAAAGUCUUACUGUAUAUAACUCCAGGUGACGUUUCUAUAUUUAUAGCAGUGUUGAAAACCCACACACAGAACCACCCUCUCCAACCCCUCCCUUCCCGACCCCAACAAAACGUUUUCAAACCCCUUAUAGUUCCUGGGGCAGGCGGAAACAGGCUCACAGAUUGUGUGUCGGCUGCAGCAGUGAUUCCAACAAGCAGCUAUUGGGGGGGAAACACAGCAUUUUAAAAAAUCAUCAUUAAAAAACAAGAUUUAUACAACAAUUACUUAGGAUGUUUGUGAUCUGCCGACCUUGCUAUAGAUGCCAUGUUACCAAUGAUUUCCUGUGGUGGGGGCUUGCCAUUGUUUACUCUUUUAUUUACCAACUUCUGGCCUAGGCAUGACAGUGGGCACCUUCCCCCAGCCCCGGCUGGGCCCAGCGCCUGUGUUCUGUGUUAGAAAGGUUUUAUAUAUAUAUAAAAUUACAUAUAUAUGUAGAAAUAUAUGUAAUUUUGGGGGCCCUGUUCCUUGCACAUUUUACAGUUACCUCAUUUUUCCCAUGUAUGUAUUUGAGAAAAUGCUAAUAUAUAGAGAAAAAAAUGGUUCUUAAAGCUUAAAUGUGUGGUUUUUUCCAUUCCAUGGGAUUCACAUUGGUUUGUAGCAUUUAACAUAACUAGUAUGUUGUAUUAUAUAUAUGUGUAUACUGAUUGAAAUUUUUAACAGAUUUGUACUUUUUUUAAAAUGAAAGUUGCUAGUUCUGCUUGACCAAGUAGUGCAAUCAUUAUUUUUUUUAAUAUUGUUGCUGAUUUCAGAGGGAUAUUCACUAAUAAAUGUAUGAUGUAUACCAA